AUGCACUCCUCAAGUCCAGUCUUCCAGUAUCCCUCGACGCCGGCACACACACAUACAUUGGACUACAGGUACCACACUCAUCGACCCCUGAACUCUUCACCGCUCGCGUCGCCUAGCGGUCCAAAGUCGUCCCCAGUGGCUGAAGCACAAGCUAGGAGAAGGUCUCAGUACAAGGCUCGUACUCCAAGUACACCUCUCCCGUCAAAUUUGACGCGUACGUUCUCGAGUAAGAGGACCGUCAGCAGCAGCGGGGGCUCUGUGUUCUGUGGUGGAAGUGGAGGGGGUCUGGAGUACGGCACAACGACGCCGACUAAGGGGGAUUCACAGAAGAGUCUGCUCAGGGAGAGAUUCAAGCAACGGUGCUAUGAGAGGGCUGCGAAGGCGCGGGCGAAGGCUAUAAGAGGCCGGAGAUAUGCUGGGACGAGUGAAGCCAGUAGCGAUGGGUUCGACGAAGCACUUAUGGACGAGGAUGACGAGGAGGACGAUGAAGAUAUUAUGCAGGAUGAGCUAUUUCGAAGGAUUAUGGCCAACACGAAUAGGAAUCGGAAACAUCAAUACAAAGUUUCAUACUCACUCGACGUCGGGUCUUCAUUUGACCCGGAUAUGGAGGAUGUUGCCUCUUGGGAAGAAGAGCUGACUGAUGUUAAGCUCACCACCUUUCUCUUCUUUUCGUCACUUAUUCAAGGAUCGGUGCCUGGUGGCUCACACCCUCCAUCCAGCUCCUCAACAUCAGUCAUCCCCGUCACGCCAAUGGAUGAGCUCACCCCCGAGGACCUUGACGAUGAGGAGUUAGCCGAAUACGCUGAGGAGUGCGCCCGGAGGAAGGCGUUAGAAGACUUUGAAGGUAUAUCCGAGGAUGACCUAUUUAGCUGGAGUGAUAUCGAGGACCUGGAUGAUCAUCUGCCUCCUAGCAAUAUCGGAAAUGCUGAUGAGGCUAUGGACGUAGUAUAA